AUGGUUAGAGUCAUUAACCUCUCGUUUUAUCCCCCAGGUGCUGUUGCCGUGACGAACCGGCCCCACAUCUACUACUGCCGCUCGCCCAACAUGGAGGUCUUCACCUGCUGGUGGCAUCCCCUUGACAACAACUCCGAGAGUGACGACAACAUCACCUACAGCCUCACCUACUCCUUAGAAAAGGGGCCGAGGCGUGAGUGUCCAGACUAUGUAACGGGCGGCCCCAACAGUUGUCACUUUGACAGCGGCCACACAUCCAUCUGGACCAGAUACUGCAUGAACGUGAUGGCCAGGACCUCCCACGGAGUGUUCAGCUCCAAGGACCACUGUCUGGACGUGGCUGAUAUAGUGGAGACAGAGGCUCCGGUUAACUUGACCUACACCCUGUUGAACGAGACGGAGGAGGAAGCUGGCCGCACCGCCAUGGUGUCCUGGGUUUACCCCAAUCCCUCCCACAUCCAAUACGGUUGGAUCACCCUGGUCUUCGAGCUGCAGUACCGACGCAUCGCCGAGCCCAACAACUGGAAGGUGAAGGGCUUGCUGAGAGAGCCUUGUCUGGAGCUGCUGGAUCUGCCGGUAGGAGAGUACAUUGUCAGGGUGAGAUGCCGUUCCCGCAACAACGGCCUCUGGAGCAAGUGGAGCACCCCUGUCCUACUCUGCGUCCCAGUCAAAUCUACCCCCGGUGCUGUUGCCGUGACGAACCGGCCCCACAUCUACUACUGCCGCUCGCCCAACAUGGAGGUCUUCACCUGCUGGUGGCAUCCCCUUGACAACAACUCCGAGAGUGACGACAACGUCACCUACAGCCUCACCUACUCCUUAGAAAAGGGGCCGAGGCGUGAGUGUCCAGACUAUGUAACGGGCGGCCCCAACAGUUGUCACUUUGACAGCGGCCACACAUCCAUCUGGACCAUAUACUGCAUGAACGUGAUGGCCAGGACCUCCCACGGAGUGUUCAGCUCCAAGGACCACUGUCUGGACGUGGCUGAUAUAGUGGAGACAGAGGCUCCGGUUAACUUGACCUACACCCUGUUGAACGAGACGGAGGAGGAAGCUGGCCGCACCGCCAUGGUGUCCUGGGUUUACCCCAAUCCCUCCCACAUCCAGUACGGUUGGAUCACCCUGGUCUUCGAGCUGCAGUACCGACGCAUCGCCGAGCCCAACAACUGGAAGGUGAAGGGCUUGCUGAGAGAGCCUUGGCUGGAGCUGCUGGAUCUGCCGGUAGGAGAGUACAUUGUCAGGGUGAGAUGCCGUUCCCGCAACAACGGCCUCUGGAGCAAGUGGAGCACCCCUGUCCUACUCUGCGUCCCAGUCAAAUCUACCUCCGAUAAGCUGCUGGCUCUGCUUUUGGUGACCGGUGUUGGGGUCAUGUUGUUGCUAGUCAUCGGCUUUGGAAUUAUCCUACAGGGCAAGAGGAUAAAAGCAUUCCUUCUGCCUCCAAUUCCCAAACCACGCAUCAGAGGCAUCAAUCCCCUGCUUCUGAAGAAAGGGGGCUUUGAUGAGAUCAACCGUCAUUUCAUCUCCUUCCAUGGCUAUAAGCCCCCAAGCUACAGCGAGGAGGAGGUCUGGGACUCUGUCAGCAUGGACAACAACCAGUCUCUCCAGGCUCCCCUGGGGAUCCUAGCAGUCCGGAAGGAGGAUUAUGAUAUGGCCAUCCACAGCCAACUACUGGUCCAGACCACCUCCAGCCACGCCCCUUAUACCCCAGUCCCCGCCUCUUACAACCCAGUCCCCGCCCAUUACUGUCAGGCUCCAGUGGAAGCCUUCCCGACCCCGUGGGAAUGGCCAACAGCAAACCCCGACCAGUCAGAGCUUCUGGUCUUCCCGGGCACUGACUACAGCAUGAUGGUGGAUCCCAACCCUGUCCCGCCUCCGGACCAGCAGGCCCCACCCCCAUCAUCCACCCAGGGCUUCUACACGUGCGUGAACAUGCUGGGUGACAACGGACAAGUGCAUCUGGUGCCCUGCCUGCCCAACCACCUAAAACACAGCCCCUACGUACAGCUGGAGGAGGAGCUAGAUGAAGGAGGGCUGGAGAAGAGCAGCCAGUUAGAUGACUACCUGGCUAAGAAGAUGGAGGCAGUAGCCAACGGGAGUGCUCCGGGAGAGACAGUGGUAGAGACAGAGGUGGAGACAGAGAGUGUGGAGCAGAGUGAAGUGGCUGUGCCUUUACUGCCUGGAACCACUGGCACACAGGGCAACAUGGUGUGACCAGUUAGCACAUAUUCUCACUCACUCACACACACAUACACACACACACACACACACAGCAACAGGAAUUACUCCAGGCUAAAAUGAGGAUGUUAACUCAUGGAUGGACCUUUUUAUAUACAGUACCUCCUUAAUAUAGUAACAUAAUGAUGUGUUUUUGUGAGUGCACCGGCCUGGGACAUGAGUCCUUUGUGUCUACCCCCCUCCCCCCCCCCCUUGCCUGCCAAAUGACAGUGACACUGCUGGACAGACACUGCUGCCACCUCUAUUCACUGCUGAUAUGGCAGGGACCAUGUUCUGACUACAUUCUCUCUGCGGGGAAUCAGAGAUGCAGCAUUUGACUGUGAGGUUUUCUUUCAGAGCAGAGCCGAGGUCGGGAUACAAGAUGGAUUCCUUUUGACGCAGAAAAUCUGACAAGAUGAAAAAAAACAUAAACUUGCAAAGUGUCUUGAACAAUAACAAUAGAUUCUCUGUAGAACUGCAACUGUUGUUGUGUGGACUGAGUCACUGAAAGGUCAAUAUACUCACCUGUUCUUCGGUCCAAUCUUGUUAGAUAAUAAUGCCUGCGAACUCUCUUGUUGUUGGAUGUAUGUAUAAUUAAUGACCAACCACUCUGUGAAAGAUGCUUCGAUUUUUAACAGUCAGGUUUUAGGGCUCUGUGAAAAGUUUGACGAAUGCAAGAAUAGCAGUUGUACUUCACUGAGACCAGUCAUAGCCGUUCUGAGGCCCUGGCAGAAGUUAGCCUGCAUUUAGAGAACAGUGGAGCACACCAAAGAUCUGAACACCCAGACCAAGAGAGCAGUACACUUCUUCAAAUAUAAAUGUAUUUUUAGAGAGAAAUUAUUGUAAUUAUUAGAAUGAAUGAAUUACAGAGGAAAUACGUUAAUAUAUCAAAUGCACUAUUGAUGAGAAAUAUAACGAGGCAAUGUUAUAAUAAUAAUAAUAAUGAUAACAGUAAAGUACACUUAGAAAGUGAACUGUCUGGGUUCAAUCCAUGAACUAAAUCCCAGAUUUAACUGUAUGCUUCAUACUCAGGAACACAAACAUGCAGUAGGAAGUCAACCCAGUAAAGGCGCAAUCUACUUUCAGUCCCGUGUGACGGCACAACCAAGCAUACAGUAGGAAGUCAACCCAGUAAAGGUGCAAUCUACUUUCAGUCCCGUGUGACGGCACAACCAAGCAUACAGUAGGAAGUCAACCCAGUACAGGUGCAAUCUACUUUCAGUCCCGUGUGACGGCACAACCAAGCAUAAAGUAGGAAGUCAACCCAGUAAAGGUGCAAUCUACUUUCAGUCCCGUGUGACGGCACAACCAAGCAUACAGUAGGAAGUCAACCCAGUAAAGGUGCAAUCUACUUUCAGUCCCGUGUGACGGCACAACCAAGCAUACAGUAGGAAGUCAACCCAGUACAGGUGCAAUCUACUUUCAGUCCCGUGUGACGGCACAACCAAGCAUACAGUAGGAAGUCAACCCAGUAAAGGUGCAAUCUACUUUCAGUCCCGUGUGACGGCACAACCAAGCAUACAGUAGGAAGUCAACCCAGUACAGGUGCAAUCUACUUUCAGUCCCGUGUGACGGCACAACCAAGCAUACAGUAGGAAGUCAACCCAGUAAAGGUGCAAUCUACUUUCAGUCCCGUGUGACGGCACAACCAAGCAUACAGUAGGAAGUCAACCCAGUACAGGUGCAAUCUACUUUCAGUCCCGUGUGACGGCACAACCAAGCAUACAGUAGGAAGUCAACCCAGUACAGGUGCAAUCUACUUUCAGUCUCGUGUGACGGCACAACCAAGCAUACAGUAGGAAGUCAACCCAGUAAAGGUGCAAUCUACUGUCAGUCCCGUGUGACGGCACAACCAAGCAUACAGUAG